CUUUCCCCGACCAGCCUAUCACUUAGACCGUCACAAUGUCCUACAACGCGCCGGAGGUCCCUUUUGAUCCCGUUCGAUGCGCAGACCUCCACAACCAGCUCCUUGCCAGAGCAAUCGAAGCCGCAGCCAGCAGUACACGGCAGCAGCAGGAUGCGCCGCGAAGGGUGACACGUGACUUGAUCGAGCACAUGACACAAGCUGCGCCGACAUGGCCCCAUGGGAUCCAGGUGCCCGAGGACUCACCCAUAUACCACUUUUUGUCUCUAAUCGAUCUUCAUGCAAUGACGCCCGAUGAAUUCCCUCUCACGCCAGAGAUGCAUCAGCCGGAUCCGUACCUGUUCGACAACGGGUUCAUCACCGAAAACGAAGACGGUCUGAACGUCAUUCUGCUGUACCCCGACGCGACUCUCACGCCCAACCAUGGAAACGGUGGCGUGUUCUUCAAUAUCGACACAAACCGGGCCUGCUGGAAUCUCACCGAGAUGGGGUUCCCUUCCGAAGACUUCUGGGUUCCUCUCGAGGUCAUCCUGAGGAAGCAGCUACUGAAGUGGGAUCAGGGCAAGUUCUUCUGGGGCCCUGCAGACGGCCGCGAAUGGGAGGCCCUCUCGACCAGGAGCUGGGUGGCGAACGACCUGGAGCUGGCCAUUGCCGGCUGGGACACUCUCCGCGAGGCGAUCCAGAAUCGCCUCCCGCAUGCCGACGGCAGCUCACUGCGGGAGGAGAAACCUCCUAUCCCUUCUGAGAUUCUUCAUGACCUUAAAGUGAGCUCUUUCGCGCGCGCAUUCCUCGCCAAGGCGAAGCGGCCGUCUUUCACUUUUGUUGCCCCCGGCAUCACAUCGUUUACCACAGAGUCCAUCGUGGAGCUGUACGCUGCCGAGCCCCCGACCAGCCCGAGACUGACGGCGGACCUCGACCUCGACGGGGGAGAUGAGUACGCCUCGCUCAUCCUCCCGGCGGUCGGAAACCCGGUGCCCGAACCCGCGCCGGGCAACCGUCAUUUUGAGAAGGGUUGGGGGAACGCGAAGAACACGGUCCUCCGGCGAGCGGGACUGUACGUCAACCGCCGGUCGUAUGGCUCGGACGGCGACGAUGUGGUGCUAAUUACUCACGAAGGCGUGGAUGACGCUUUUAAGCAUCAUGGCCGGCGGCCAUGGGGGCCUUAUCGCAUGUUUAGUCUUUCGGAGAUGCUGUUUGCGUGGGCCGGGCUCGUGGAGGAUGGCAUUUGGGAAGUUGGCCCCGAUGGUGUCAGCACACCGGCCUCCUGGCUUACCGACCCUGAGACCGAACAAUUCAGGAUAAUGCGCUGGAUCUCCGCGUUGCCGCCGGACGAUGAAGAAGAGCACUGAAUGUAUCAGUCCAGUUGUGACUGACACUAUGCAACAUACGAAGGACAACUUGGAUCCGUCGAGCCUAGGCAGAUGUACAUUCCGCCAUGUUUGAUAAGAUAACAACACGUGACUGAGACAUAUUAAGGUACCUAAACGUACCGAAGGUAUCAUCUAAGGGGAUGGAGAAGAAGGUGGAAAGGGGGCAGAAAGGAGAGAAAGGGGGAGAUGACUAAUCAUAUCGGACAACGUACGGAGCAUGUAGCAUAGAUGCCUGACGGCCUGAAACGGCCGACACGGGCGGAAAAUCUAAUCAAUCAAUCGGUAUCAUCGAAG